AUGGAGAAGAUUAUGAGACAUCAAGAGCUAACCAGUAAGGACCAUGAAGCUUUACUGCAGAAUCUAGAGAGGCAAAUUGGCCAAUUAUCCAAGCAAACAGUGGCUGAAAGAGCACCCAAUGCAUUACCAAGUGACACCAUUCCCAAUCCUAAAGAAGAAUGCAAAGUAAUCCACUUAAGGAGUGCCAGAACCUUGGUAAAUGACAAAGAAACUGACAAGAGGCCAACUGAGAAUGAUAUCAGCAGCAAGAAAGAAGUGACACUUAAGGAGAAGGACCAAGAAAAGCUCAAGGAAAAAGAGGAACAGCCACAAUCUUCAAAGAAGGGAUCCAGUAUCAACCUGAUGCCUAUGUCUAUGAUGAGAAGACUAUGUAUAGAAGAAGUGAAGCCUACACAGAUGUCAUUAGAGCCAGUGGAUAGAUCUCUGGUAAUUCCCAAGGGGGUGAUUGAAAACCUCUUGGUCAGAGUAGGAAAAUUCAUAUUUCCAGCAGAUUUUGUAAUCCUGGACUUAGGUGAAGAGGGGAAUGACUCUAUUAUAUUGGGAAGACCUUUCCUGGCCACAGCAAGGGCCAUCAUUGAUGUGGAACAAGGAGAAAUGACUUUGAGGGUAAAUGAUGAGAAGAUCACUUUAAAUGUCUUCCAGGAAGUACAGCAUGCUGUUGAAGAGAAAAGCUGCAUGACGGUUGAAGAAGAAGAUUUACAGUGGAAAGAAAAACCCAAUGAAGUACUCAUCAACUCACCUAUAAAGUAA